CUGUAUCUACAAAAAAAUACAAAAAAUUAGCCAGGUGUGGUGGUGAGUGCCUAUAGUCCCAGUUACUUGGGGGGCUGAGACAGGAGGAUCGUUAGAGCCUAGGAGGUUGAGGCUGCAGUGAGCUAUGAUCGCCCCACUGCACUCCAGCCUGGAUGACAAAGUGAGAUCCUGUCUCAAAAAAAAAGUGUGUGAGCAGGGGCUGGAAGCCCUGGGUGGGAAUGAGGGCGGGUUUCUCCAAUGGGCAGCUGACCUUCCUGUCCCUGGCCCCCUCCUGCUGCCUCUGUUUGUCCUUGCACUUCUGUCCUUGACCCUGGGGAGGAGUGUCUCUGGGGAACCUGGAGAUCUGGUGACCAGCCCCCUCCCACUGAAGCGGCUAGUGGGGGCAGACUAGACUAGGCCUCACGAGAGAGACCAGCUCUGCCCCCAACCCCUCUGCCAGCUGACGCCUCCUGGCCUUCUGCUAAAAACAGCCGGGCCCGGGGGGAAUAUGGGUUUUCAGGCCUCCCCCUCCUCGCCCAGGCAGGUAUUAAAGAGGCCGAAGUCGGGCCAGACCGGCUGGACACCAUGCUAUUCACCGAGACUGCUCACUUCGUGGUGAAUUUUCUUCUGUCCCGGCGGCCCCAGGCCACGGCCCCGCACCGCCUGGACCAGGAGUUGUGUUUCUGGGGCAGCCGGGGCCCGGUCUUGCCGGCGCCCGCCGCCCGCCGCAGCCUGGGCGACUACUGGCUGAGCCCGCAGCGCCGCCACCCUCCGGGUGCCGCCUGGCGCUGGCCCGCACGCAACCUGUUACUGCUGCCCCCGGCCACCGGCCUGGCCGACGUACCCUCGGCGCGCUGGCCCAGCUGCUACGGCGCGCGCCCGAGACUCACGGACUUGGGGAGACAGGCUUCAGGCUCUAUCACAUGAUGAUCCUGGGGCCGACUUGUGCCAAGGCUGGGCUGAGAGGGAAGAUGGCCUGGACGCACAGCAUAAUCCUGAGUCCCCUCUCUGUGGAUGACGAUGAGUUACCUUUGCCCUCCCUCCUGAGAUCUCUGUGGUUCUGCCUUUCAUUCUCCAAAUAAAAUCGCUGUGGCCUCA